CCAUGGUUCUGAAAGCGGAACAAAUGCCCAAACUUGGACGAUCAUCAUUUGCAUGGACAAAAAUAUCUGGUUUUACGUUACAUGUUGACUGUUUACCCCCUCUGGAACGUUCCAGGCGAAUCGUAAAGUUCCUCGUGCUUUUGGGUUUACAAGAAAUCAAGGAACCGUAAUGUUAUGUAGGUUUUGUUCAGUCCAAGUUUCAUUGUAUUAUGAUACGCUCCAAGUUAAUUUGAUACAACAGAAGAAGUUGCUGUAGUUUGAGUUUGAUCGUCCCUGUCGUUGUGAAAGGCAUAAGGAAAUGGCGUCAGGUUCGGACCCAGCGCUUUUCAAAUUCGUCCCCAGCCAACAGGACUGUGAACACUUCCUAGAGGCAGUGUACGCGGGGAAUGAACGUGUCAUCAAAAAUACACUUGUCGGCGGUAUUGAUGUAAAUGCUGUGUCAAUGAAGGAUGGCACCACUCCACUGAUGAUUGCAGCGUGUAAAGGCCGCCCGGAGAUUGUCUCCCUUCUGCUGCGGGGUGGGGCAGAUGUUCAUCAGUGCAACAAGGAUGGCUACACAGCACUAAUGAUGGCAGCAGGCUAUGGAAACAGCACAGUGGUGUUUCAGCUCCUUGCAAACGGUGCUGACGUGAACUACUGUAACAAGACUCACGAGAAUGCGCUGGUGGUGGCCGUGAGCAGGGGCCAUUCCGUGGUGGUUUCUCAGCUGCUUGCAGCAGGUGCAGAUGUGAACCACCUGAACCGGGAGGGCUCCAACAUGCUGCACCUGGCGGCGACGGCCGGGCAGGACGCCGUGGUGGCGUACCUAUUGGCCGAGGGAGCGGACAUCAACCAUAUCAACAAGGACGGCUUCACGCCGCUCAUGAUGGCUGCUGGGAAGGGUUCCGUCGCCGUGCUUACACAGCUCCUUGCAGCAGGGAGAACUUUCAAGAAUCCUUAUGCCCUGGCAUCAGGUGUGAAUGUGAACUAUGCCAACAAGGAAGGCAACACUGCACUCUUACUAGGAGUGCACCAGGGAGAUGAUGAAGUUGUGAGAGAGCUGAUUCUAUCAGGAGCCAACGUCAAUCAUAUCAACAAGAACGGGCUCACCGCCCUCACUGUGGCAGCAAUACAGGGCCAUGCUAAGAUUGUGAAGAUCCUGAUCAACCACGGGGCCGAUGUCAACCACCAGACCCCGGACGGCCUGGACGCCCUGAUGGUGGCCUGUAACAAGAACCACAGCCGCAUCGUGUCCCUGCUCCUGCGGGCCGACGCCGACAUCACGCACAGAGACAAGUCGGGGAUGACGGCCCUGAUGAACGCCAUGAGCCACGGGCUGGACACCAUCGUGUUCCACCUGCUGCUGUCGGGGUACUACAGUCCCGACCACGUGGAGGAGGCCAUGAUGAUGAUGCUGGACGAGCAGUCCCAGGCCAUCUUCCCUACGCUCAUCAAGACUUGUGGCGAGAUGCUGGAUCCGCUUGUCAGGAGACUGUUGGACUAUGAGACCACCCCGCCCCACAGGAAGCUGAUCAUCCUGCAGCGCAUGUGUGUGGCCGACCCUAAGCUGUUCCUGCCUGCCCUGAACAGACAGAGGUGUGUCUCUCACCUGAUAGAACUCAUCAGGAACCCUGACUACAACAACAACGAUGCCGUGGUGGAACAGUCCAUUCGCAUCAUAUGGGAGGUGUUGUCUGGUCAGCAGAAAAUCGUUGCAGAAAAGGCCAUUAACCAGCUGCUGGAUGCCCAGGGAACGGAGGUGCUGUGGUCACUGAUUGACCGCCACACCAAGACCAACAUCACGCUGGCGCUGCUGUGUGUGACCUUGCUCUGUCUGCUGGCCCGUGCACCCAGAGGGCAGCAGUUUCUCAAGGGGGAGGACAACCAGUACUUCUUCGGACAGGAGAUUCCUCGCAUGCUGACGUUUGUGAAGGAUGCAAAGGCUACAGAGGCCUUUAAAAAGUUUGUUCGGACAAUAGAACACGUGCUGGUGGUUUACCCCACCAUGUUUCCAUCGCUGCUGGAAGUGAGCAUGCGGCUGUCUCUGGACCUCCUGGAGAUAGAGAUCAUGGGUGUGCUGGUGCUGGCCAUGGUGGGCUGUCUGGAGACACACGGGGACACGGUCCGCACGGAGCUGCGCAAACUGCCACACAACAACCUGCUGAACAGUGUGGUGGACCUGCUGAACAUGGCAUAUAUACAGACUGAUGUUCUGGGCCAAGAAGUGUCCAAGCUGGCCAUGUUGACCCUGCAGCACCUUGACCGGCCAGUGGCAGAAAAGGCGGUCAAGCGGAUCAAGCGAGAGUGUAAGACGUACAGCGAGACGUGGCUACCUCUCACCAUCAAGGCCUAUCCAGGCCUGGCAGACAUGUACAUGCAGCUUGGCAUGGAGCCCAGUGCAGCCUGUCUGGCAGCAGCCAUGGAGGUCGGGAAUGAAGAGUGGGUCCAGCGCCUGCGGGAGUUCUGCUACCACCCCAUGCUAGACGUGUACCUGGACAUGCUGGGCUGCAACAAACCCUGCGUCAAACUGGUGGCCCAGUUUCGCACCGAGCGCCAGGAGCAAGCGCAGGCCAUGGAGGCCGAACUCCUCGCAGAGGAGAGCGAGAAGACACCCGUGGGGAAGAAGCGGAAAAAGCGCCGUAAGAAACCCAAAGGAAAGGGUGAGAAAGAGGAUACAGUGAAGGGGGUGAGUGAAGAGAAGGAACCACCCGUUGAACCAGCUAAGGAAGAAGUGCCAAAGAAAUCGGUGGAAACCACAGUAAAAAAGAUGCCAAAUGUGGAAGGUGCCUACUCACGUAAACAAAAGAGGAGACAGGAAGAAGCGGCAAGGGCAAAGGAGGCUGCUGAGAAAGCUGAGGCAGCUGGUGAAGACAAAAACACAGAGGACAGUCAAGAAGCAUCAGCUGAUGGUGAAAAGACACAAACAGCUGAGGAAAAAUCAGCAGAUGGAGAAAAGGAUGCAGAAGGAGAGGAAGGCUCGGCCGGUCCUGAUGCUGAGAAGAAGGAGGAGAAGAAAAAGCCGAACCUGCCGUGGUUGAGUCGGAGCAAACGCUGGGCCCAGCAGCUGGAGGAUCUGGCCUGUAUGGACCCCGCCCUGCGCAGACAAGUGGAUGCACUGCACAUGUGCACUAAAGGGAAGGACUUCCUCAUUGCCAAGGGGAGUGACGGCACCUACGUGUACCUGGGCAUCAUGAAUGAUGGUACUGAGGUGGCCGUGAAGAGGAUCCACGAGGACAACUUCCAGUUCAUGAAGAACGAGUGUGAGCUGCUCCGGCUGGCCGAGCUGGAUGAGGAGUACAUCAUUAAGUACAAGUACUUUACGGAGGAUGAGACAUUUGGGUACCUUGCCAUGGAGCUCUGUGAGUACACGCUGGAGGACUAUGUGCACCGCCUGGCAGAGCAAGGAGAACUGCAGAGGCUGGCACCUAAGAUCAUCAGUCAGAUCAUGAAGGGUCUACAGACGUUACACGAGCAGCCAAGGGCCAUCCUACACAGGGAUCUCAAGCCCGCCAAUGUGCUGAUUGAUGUAAAAGGACGUGUGCGGCUGGCAGACUUCGGCAAUAGCCGUCUCUUGGAGGAGCGACAGACCACGCUGUACACCAACACGGCAGGCACGCGGUGCUGGAGGGCGAAGGAGACCCUGGACUACUGCAGUGAGCAGGCGUGUCGCAAGGAGUCUGACAUCCAGGCUGCAGGCAUGAUAGCCUUCUUUGUCCUGACCGGUGGGCAGCACCCGUUUGGGGAUCUGGAGCAGCCAUUUGCAGUGGAGGUGCGCAUCAUGCAGGGGCGGCACGACCUGGGGCCCAUCAAGGACCCUGUGGCAUCCCACAUGCUGGACUGGAUGUUACAGGAGGACUACACUAAACGGCCAGACUGUAACCAGGUGCUGAGCCAUCCUUUCCUGUGGGAUGUUGACAAGAGAGUGCUGUUCCUCGGACGUGUGGGCAAUGAGGCGGAAGUGGAGAGUCGUGAGGCAAACUGUGCCGUACUCCGGGAAAUCAACCUCCAUAAGAACAAGAUCUGCAAGAAAGACUGGACUCAAGUGGUGGACCAGGAUCUGCUGUCAGAGAUGAGCAAGCAAAGACGCUACAACAGCUCUGUAGGAGACCUUCUCCGCCUUAUCCGCAACUCACAACAGCAUUUCAAGGACUUGCCACGGGAGGUACGUGAGCGAGUGAGCGAUGAAGACUUCCUGAACCUCUUCCCAUCCCUUCUUCCUUACGUGUAUGACAUCAUCGGCAAGAGUAGUGGUACCGAUGACGACUGGACUCAGCGGAGGAACCUCAAGAUGUUCUUUAACUGAACAUAAGGAACACCAACUUCCUUAUUUCUGAGUUAACACACUUUUCUGAAAUCCAUGCCCCUUGUGCUUCAUUUUCUCUGUAAAACGUUAGCAGGUGAUACAUACAUUUCCAAUGUUGAUACGUAAACAAGUGGGGCCCUUUACAAUGACUUGCUUUUGUAUAUAGGGGAUGAUUUACCUUAAUCAGCAAUUUAUAUUUUGUCAUGUUAUAAUCGACUAUGGGUGCUUUCCUAUGUGUAUGGGCAAAAAUGACUUAAACUAAGAUCAUUUCUAUAUUUGAGCUGUGAAAUAAAUUGAUUUGCAAUAUGCAUACAUGUACAUAUGUAUGUAUCAUGCAUAAAAUGUCAUCCCAGUUUCUGAUUUUGAAUUGAUCUAUCUGCUCAUAUUGUGGUCUGAUAGACACGACCCAUUCAGGAAGAAAUGUUUUCUACAUGCCUUUGGUACAAGUUUUGUUUCUUUGAGCAACCAUGUGGUAAGAAUUCUGCACAAUACUGGUUCUAUUGCCAUUGUACACUGUAUGAUCUGCUCUUCCAUUUUGCAUUGUUGCAAAUUGAAUGUUCUUGGUCUGAUUAGUUUGCAAAUGGCGCAAUGUUUUAUCAUUAUCCAUAAUACGUUACAAGUGGUUAACCAUGAUAGUCUUACUAAUGAGGAAAUAGCCUAUAUAUUCUGUAUAUAUGUAAAUAUAUUUGUGUCUGUGCAAUCAAUUUUUCAUUAUUUUCUAUUAAAGAAUUCAACUUAA